CAUCACUUGGUCAGAUGACGAGAUAAGAGUGCACGGCUAUAAAGAAGCAUCAGAAUAGCAGCAGGACGCUCCUUUCUGCACAGUUGCCCUCACACAGUCACCAUGACGUUCAACGGCACCUGGAAGGUUGAUCGCAGUGAGAACUACGAGAAGUUCAUGGAGCAAAUGGGAGUUAAUAUGGUGAAGAGGAAGCUCGCUGCUCAUGACAACUUGAAGAUCACCAUUGAACAGACUGGAGAGAAUUUUCAUGUGAAGGAGAGCAGCAAUUUCCGCAGCAUAGAGAUCAACUUUACCCUGGGGGUCACCUUCGAGUACAGCCUGGCAGAUGGAACUGAGCUAUCAGGUGCCUGGAACAUGGAGGGGGACACACUGAAGGGGGUUUUCACCAGAAAAGACAAUGGAAAACAAUUGACAACAGUCAGAAUCAUCCAAGGAGAUGAACUCGUUCAGAGUUACAGCUAUGAAGGUGUGGACGCCAAGAGGAUUUUUAAGAGGGGUUAGGUCCAUAAGCUCCAGGAAAUGAAACUAAUUUGUGUUUGAUUUUAGAAUUACGUAUAGUAUUUUGUUGAACUGUCACAUUCUCUAACAGUCAAAAGAUCCAGGUUUACAAAGCACUUUUAUACCUGUAUUAAUACAAUUAAAACUGCCUAUUUUCUGAUUUUUUUCAACUGUUUUGUUUUUUUGUUUUUUAGUGAAAACAAAAUAUCUUUGGAGCUCUGGGAAAUCAUAACACACUAAUAGUGGUACAGCCAUUAAAACUUUAUUCAGCAAUAAGUAAAAAUAAAGUCAUAUUAUCUUCAAUAGUAAAAGAUGAAGACAUGUUUAACAAUAAAUAUUUUGUUGAAAUAAAUCUGCAAUUUGACAUGUGAGAAAGCAUGGAAGGGGUUUUUAAUAGCUCACCAGAGCAGAGCAGACAGCGGCAUAAAGGGAGGAUCCAGUAAAACUCCUGCAUGGUAUCUGAAAAGUUACAAGACCCAAGAGCCUGGACAGGAUCGGAAAAGAUCUUUGACAUGAUGUGGAAAAUAUCCUCUUUAGCUCCGUCACUGGGGUUGAUGAAUAUAAAGGAAGUUGAUUAUGACGCAGUGUUUUAAAACACAGGAUAUGUUUUACAGCAACACUGUCAACGCUGUCAACGCACACAGAGCCAACCCAAAGUUAAGUAAGCUAGAAUGGUGAAUAGUUAAUAAUGAACCAACUUUAAUUUUCCAAGGUUAACCUGUAACACCUUUAAGAAAAUUAAAACCUAUUCAAGACAUAAAACAAGUGGCAAAAAAGAUAAUCAUAAUGUAUGCAGAGAAAUUAUGUUUAUAAUAAAAUUAUAAAGUUGCUGGAGUAAUAUUUCAUGUAUGAUGUGUAAUUGAUCUACAGCAAUUAAUAGAAAACACUGAAACUUUGUAUUACAGAGAUAACAGAGUAGACGAGUGCAUUGGGCUCUCCAUACGAUCUUAGGCUCUGGCUGUACAAGUUGCAGGAAACAGCCUUAUGAACGACCAUGAAUCAAGAAACGCAUUCUUAUGACUGCAAUAAUUUAAUCAAACCUUGAGUAAGCAAAUGCAUUUAUUCUAUAUACAGACCCUUUAUGUUUAAUAACAAACACACAUAAAAGUGGAUGCUACAGAUUUAUUCUCUGCAUAUUAAGAUAUAGUAAACUUUUCCAACCGUCUGAUUUUGUUGCUUGCUGUCAGAACCGUAUCCAUCCAGAAAAGAGAUUUUAAAAGUUUUUGGUACAAGAAGUAAUAUGUCUGAUGCGUUUUACAUUUCAUCAUAUCACAACCAGGAGCUACAGGGCAUUCUACUUUGGUUUAAAGACAUAUAUGAACACAAUGUGGUGAAAAACUGUGGAAAGGAAAAAAAAAAGUCUAGCUUUUUGUAUUAAUCUUUAAAAAAAAUUUCAGUGCAACCGUCUGUAAGAGUUUGUUUUCGGUAAGAACAAAGAACUAACAUCAUGAAGACACACAAAAAAAAAAACAGCAGCAAGGCUGAGGAAAAAGUAAUGACAAAAUUUAAAGCAUUUAGGUUAUAAAACAAAAACAUUUCAUAGAGUGCCGUUUAAUCCAUCACCUAAAAACAGAACCAGUUUGGCCCAACAAAGUUGUGAAAGUUUUGCAAAUCUAAGACAAUGGUUUAAAAAAAAAAAAACAAAGCACAAAAUGUAGAGCUUUGCAACAUUGUAAAGUUUUAGAUCAAAGUACCAUGUUUUAAAACCACCCAACAUAGUUUGUUGAUAAAACCGAGAACCAUGGAUGGACUUAAAAACCAACUACAUACUGUACAUUCUUUCCCUUCAAUCUAUUUCGCCUGCAGAAUUGGAAAAACAUUUUAGUCAAUAGAUGUGCAAACUUCAGAGAGACUUUCCUGUAAAUGCUUACAGCUAAAAUUUUAUUACUUUACACCGUAGCUUCUGGCUGUAGCUUAAAAAUGAACAAAAGAUGAAAGUAUUUUCU